GCCCACUAAGCAAUUUGUAGAAAGCCCAUGUUUUCUGAAGCUCAAUAUUCUCGUUUUUCUGCCCAAAAGUUUUUCGCAACGAGCGCCGACAUUUUGCUUUGGCGCCGGCGACGCCAACUACAUCCCUGUUAAUUCAACGGUCAAUGGACGUGGGACACUGCUACUUAGAUGGAAACGCCGACGUCGUUGAGUUUUGCCCCCACGAUUCGUUCCACCAUGUCCUAGCUGCUUCAACAUACACAUUACAAGAAGGUGAUCAUCCAACUAGAUCAGGAAGCAUUUCCCUUUUCAAUGUCGAUUUGGGAAAAGUCGAUUUGCUUUACAGAUUGAAGACAGCUGGUAUCUUUGAUAUGAAAUGGAACCCAGUGAACACAACAACAACAACAGCAACACGUCCAUUGCUUGCUCAAGCCGAUGCUGAUGGUUUCCUGAAGAUUCAUCACUUACAAAGCUCCAUUAAUGGGAAUGAUUUGAAAGAGGUAAGUAGCGAAAAACUUAGCUCCUGUAUGUGUCUAUGCUUGGAUUGGAACCCUUCAGCCACAUCGAUCUCAGUAGGCCAUUCAGAUGGAUCGAUCUCACUAACUGCAUUUCAAGAAACCAAAACAAUCACAUUACAACAAUGGAAAGCACAUGAUUAUGAAGUCUGGGCUACAACUUUCGAUCCAGACCAACCAAAUUUGGUCUAUACCGGUUCAGACGAUUGCAAAUUCAAGGGCUGGGAUUUACGAAACAGUCCUUCCUCCACAACAUUUCAAAAUUCAAAAUCCCAUCAAAUGGGUGUUUGUUGUAUUUCAAAAUCCCCCCAUAACCCCUACACUCUAUUCACUGGAAGCUAUGAUGAACAAUUAAGAAUAUGGGAUGUGAGGUCACUUACAAGGCCUGUGAUUGAGGCAUCGAUUGGUUUAGGAGGUGGAGUUUGGAGAAUUAAGAAUCAUUCUGUUGUUCCUGGAUUAAUCCUUGCAGCUUGUAUGCACAAUGGGUUUGCUAUUGUUAAAGUCAACGGGAGUCAAGAAGUCAAAGUAGUUGAAACGUAUAAUAAGCAUGAAUCACUUGCUUAUGGAGCAGAUUGGUAUAGAGGGAGUAUAGACAAAAAGGGUAAAACCGUCAUUGCCACCUGUUCCUUUUAUGACAAGCUCCUUCGCGUUUGGGUGCCAGAAACUGAUAUAUAAUUUAAUACGUUUACGUAAUGUGUUGUUUGUAUUUUAUUUUUGAAUGAUUUAAGCAUACAUUUGUUUAAUAGUUAUGCAAGAUUUUUGUAUUCCUGUUGAAAUGAUUAAAUUGAAAAGGAGAGAUAGGGUGGAGAAA